AGGCCAUCAAGCCAUUUCCGACGCUGCCAAGAUAGUGGAUGGCGUCGAUAAAAUGAUCACCAAAUACAGCUCCCAACCAUCAGAGGCACUCCAGAACACCAGCAAGAAGACCGCUAUAACGAACUCUUUGUGGGCAGACUUAAAGGGCAAAGGCAAGACAAGCAGGCUGAUGGAGGCGGAAAUGAUUUCAGGACAGGCAGAAGGUCAGUUGCUUCAAAUCCUCUUGAAGCUCAGUGGUGGAAAACAUGUUCUGGACAUUGGCACUUUCACAGGGUACUCCUCUCUUGCUAUGGCGGAGGUUCUGCCAGAAGAUGGCACUGUGGUGACGCUUGAAAGGGAGAAAGAGGCAGCAGAAAUAGCCAAGUCCAAUUGGUCUUUGUCCCCUCACUCUUUCAAGAUUGAGUCUCGGGUUGGUGAGGCACAUGACUUGCUCGAACAGUUGGCUUCCGAACGGAAAAGUUUCGACCUUGUUUUCCUUGAUAUUGACAAGCCGGGUUAUUUUGCCCUCUAUCAGAUGCUUAUGGACACGAACUUGCUAAAGGUAGAGAGCCUCCUGGUCGUGGACAACGUCAUGUACAAGGGUGAGGAGUUGUCUGGGAAGGAUCUCAGCUUGAAUGGCUUGGGCGCUCAAGCAUUGAACCAGGGCCUUUUGGAUGACCACCGCGUGCAUCAGGUGAUGCUUCCUCUCAGAGAUGGAGUGACCCUUGUGUACCGGCAAUGCUGAGGCAACUGAACGCCCAAUGUACAGUGUCAUCCCUAACCUUCUGUUUGUGUAGGAUGCAGUCGCCUAAAACGUUAUUUGUAUACCACACUCCAACGCCUUGUUCCCCACAUUGACGUGUGGGGUUUUUAUUUUUAGUUCUGUAUCCGCCGCCUCCUCCUCCUCCUCGCCCGCCCGUCCUCCUCCUCACUCACCUCACUCAC